CCAAGAUUGAUUACACCAAAAAGUAGUGCCUCGGCGAGACCUUGAAUAUACUUCGCGCAUUUCUACCAAGACGAGAACGUUCCCUCAUGUUAGAAAAUCAGGACAAUGACAGUCGAAUAUGCUCUGUCACGUUGCAUCCGAGUCGCUUUAAGCAAACAACAUUAGAAUUCAGCAACCUACUGCAAUCCUGAAGUGCAAUGCUAUCCCAAGACAACCCGCGCAUUGAUCUGCUGUGCGGUUUUUUUCUCAGGGGGUAAAUGUAAUCACGUGUUUCCUAGUCGACCAAUCGCAGCUGGAGAAGCUUUGAGAAAUAAUUACCUGGCUUGAUUGUUCUAUGGGCAGAUAAAAAAGUACACAUACACUCCAUAUAAUAAUCGGAUGCAUGUAAAAGAGACGGCAGCAUCGCCAUGUCGACUACGGGUCCCAUAAGUAACUACUAUGUGGAUUCCUUGAUCAACCACGAGAGCGAGGAUGUGCUGGCGACUCGUUUUCCCACCGCUGCUCCGAUCUCCUCCGGUUCACGCCCGACGCCGCUGGUACCGGAGUGCGUGGAUUAUCCGUCCUGCAGCUUUGCCCCGAAACCCCCCGUUUUCACUACCUCUUGGGCCCCUGGUCACUCGCAGUCGUCAGUGGUCUACCACCCGUACACUCACCAGCCUCACUUAGGAACAGACUCAAGGUACGUGCGCUCGUGGCUAGAGCCUCUCCCCGGUACCGUGUCCUUUCCAGGCUACCCAGCUAACGGUAGGCACUAUGGGCUGAAGCCUGACGCCUUCCAGGACCCCCGGACUGGAGACUGCUUGGCUUCAAACGGACGAACCUAUUCGGAUUAUCUCUACUGCUCCGCCGUCGACAUCAGAGAAAAGCAGCAGAGUGCACCUUCGCCUGAGACGGAGAUCCUGUCUUCCGGGAAGCACAAAGACGAGAAAGCUGAAUUAGACCCCAACAAUCCCGUGGCCAACUGGAUUCACGCGCGCUCCACAAGAAAGAAGCGGUGCCCUUAUACAAAAUACCAAACCCUGGAACUCGAAAAAGAGUUUUUAUUCAAUAUGUAUCUGACCAGAGACCGGCGGUAUGAGGUGGCCAGAGUGCUGAACCUAACGGAGCGACAGGUCAAAAUUUGGUUCCAGAACCGACGGAUGAAGAUGAAGAAAAUGAACAAGGAGAAGAGCGACAAACGCAGAGUGGCCUGGCUGUCUGGAUUUGUACGCGAACUGAACGCUAGAUGGUGCUGUUGGCUCACGCUUAGCGCUCACUGGGCCGCUGAGGCCUGCGAUAUAAACAUGAGCUCCUAUUUUGUUAACCCUCUUUUCUCCAAGUACAAAGGUGGCGAGACGUUAGAGCCAACUUAUUACGACUGCAGGUUCCCACAGAGCGUUGCCCGGAGCCACACGCUAGUGUACGGGCAUGGAGCAGCCGCGCCGGGCUUCCAGCACCCGUCCCAUCACGUACAGGACUUUUUCCAUCACGGUACCACGGGCAUUUCCAACCCCGGCUACCAGCAGAACCCCUGCGCCUUGGCGUGUCACGGAGACGCGACGAAAUUUUAUGGAUACGAAGCUCUUCCGAGGCAAUCGCUUUAUGGUACCCAGCAAGAGGCGAGCUUAGCGCAGUACCCAGACUGUAAAUCGUCUAGUAGCUCUAACCCUGGAGAAGGACAAGGCCACUUAAAUCAGAAUACCUCUCCCAGCCUCAUGUUCCCAUGGAUGCGACCCCACGCCCCUGGGAGACGCAAUGGAAGGCAGACGUACAGCCGCUACCAGACUCUCGAGCUGGAGAAGGAGUUCCUCUUCAAUCCGUACCUCACGCGCAAACGGCGGAUCGAAGUGUCCCACGCGCUGAGCUUGACCGAACGGCAGGUGAAGAUCUGGUUUCAAAACCGGCGAAUGAAGUGGAAAAAGGAGAAUAACAAAGACAAGUUUCCAGGCCAGAGGGGAGAGGCAGAGGCCGAGGCAGAGGCCGAGGAAGAGGGCAACGAGGACGGGGAGGCGGAAGAAGCAGAAGAAAAGGAAACGGAAGAGAAAGAGGAAAGCAAGGAGUGAUUUUAUGGUCUUUUUAUGGUUAUAUGGCAGAAAUAGAAGAGGUUUCAAGGAUGGCCAAUGAAAGAGACGACCCGCCAAACAGUUGGGUCAAAAAGUGAGAAAAAAA